AUGUCUGAAGAUCAGUCCGACAGCAAUGGAAAUGCUAAAGAAGGAAUUUCGUUCGGAAAUCUUCCUCGUCCUGAGUCGAAAGAAAAAAGCAAACUUACAAUAGGUACCAAUGUUCAGCGACAGGCGCACUCAGAGCCUGUAACACCCGUAACUAGAAGCUCUAGGUCAUCUAUGGACAAACCGAUGGUUCGUCCCGUUGCUAAGAGUUCUGUUACAUUUGCUGCCGCUCAGGGUGCUGGUUUCAUACAGCCACAAUUUGAAGAGUACCCAUACAAUCGACCACAUAGCUUAGCUUCUCCUCCCCCGAGUCCACAUUUUCUUAAAAGGAUCUCGUUUGAUACGUUUAACAAUAAAGCUGCAUCGGAGUUUUCUCUAACUUUAAAAACUCAACAUCGAGCUUACAAAUGGACUCGAGCAUCUCGGACAUUUUUAUGUGGUAUGGAUGAAAAUAUAUACUCCGAAUUUGCUGUAGAGUACUUGUUCGAAUCUCUUUUGUCUGACAACGAUGAAGUCGUUAUCUUGCGAGUCAUUGAUCCUUCUUCCAAAAUGGCGGAAGAGUUAUUGGACGAAAACUCAUAUCGCCUAAUGGCAGAAAACGUGAUGGCAUCUUUACUAAGAAAAAUUGACGAAGAAAAAGCUGUGUCUAUUAUAGUCGAGCUCCUCGUUGGAAAGCCUCAGGAUAUGAUUCUUCGAACUAUUCAUACAUAUUCACCCGACAGCUUGAUUGUAGGCACCAGGGGAAAGCCUUUAAACAGUUUUCAAUCCCUUUUAUCCAGUGGAAGUGUUUCCAAAUUCUGUUUGCAGAGAAGUCCGAUUCCUGUGAUUGUGGUUCGUCCGGAUAGAAAAAGGAUGCGUUCAAAAAACAAACGCCUUAAAGAUAAAACAAGGAAAUCCUAUAUGGAAAUUCUUGAAAAGAGUGGACGCUAA